AUGAUGAGCCAACACCUGCUCACCCUGGUUGGUGGAAGAGGACUCGACGCCUACCACACCCUGACUGACGAGGAAAUAAAAGACUACAAGACAUUAAAAAAGACCCUACUAGAAUUCUACCACCUGACAGAAGAAACUUACCGACAAAAAUUCCACCAACUUCAACCUAACAAAAAUGAAGAUUUCAAAGUGUUUACUAAUGACUUAAAACUUACACUGGAAAAAUGGAUUGAGGCAGCAUCUAUUAACAAAACUUAUGAAGAUCUAUUCCAAUUCGUCCUGGUCGACAAAAUAUUAAAUUCAGUCCACAGUGAUUUAUAUUCCUUUUUACAAGAAAGAAAACCUAGAGAUAUAAAGACUGUCACAGAAAUGACGCAGAAAUUCAUAGCGGCCCACCCGACAAAUCCAGUAUGCAAAAAGUACGACGAGACAGAAUUAACUUCAGUAUUCAUGACCCAUGUUGCCGACAGAAGCAGGGGCAGAAGUAAAUACAAGAACCAUAUGCAGUUCAAACCCGACAGACAACAACAGAUGCAUCAGUCGGACAAACGAUGUUUUUAUUGCAACGGCCUUGGUCAUUAUAAAAAAGACUGCAGGAAGGCCAGAAGACCAAACUCGUUUCAACAUAACAAUCAGUUCCGUGCACACAGUGCGAACGGUCGCUACUACAACAUUAACAGCAACAGAACAGAGAAUGUUCAUUUUAUGAGAACAAUAGGACACCAUAAACUGCCGAGCUUCCAAUGUAGGGUUAAUGGACAGGUGGUGAACGCAAUCAGGGACACAGGCUGCAGCACACUGGCCGUCAAAAGCAGUGUGGUACAUCCCAACCAGUAUACGGGUAAACAUAUACCUGUUCAGGGAUUUGAUGGUAAAAUUUCCCUUCACCCUACUGUACGGAUAGACGUUCACACACCAUAUAUAUCAGGUAGAUAUGCCGCUGUUGUUUUUAAUAAAGGACCAUACGACCUGAUCAUCGGCAAUGUGAUUGACAAUCAGACGCUACCUCAAGGUGACAUAGAUAAGUGGCUGCAAACGGAAAUAGUUCAAUUGGUAGAAACGAGGGCCCAAACUGCUGCUAAAGUUAUAGAAGAAAGUAAAGCAUCAGAACAGGCCGUGAACAACGAGACUAAACAGUCGGUGGUGACAGAGACGACCUGGUCCCCUGAAUCAUUCCAACAAGAACAGCAUAACGAUGAAUCGCUGAGCAAAAUAUUUAAACUUGCUCAGAAGAAAUCGGUAACCAUGUCAAAAAAUAAAAAGGAACACUCCUUCUUUGUAAGAGACAACACAUUGUUUAGAAAAUUCACAGAUAAUGAUAAAACAGUCAAUCAGCUGGUAGCUCCACAGAAAUACCGCCAGGCGAUAUUACAUCACGCUCAUGAUCUACCACUGACAGCACACAUGGGCAGAACAAAGACCAAGCAACGAAUAGAAUCUGCUUUCUACUGGCCUGGCAUGGACAAAGACAUAUCUGCAUAUGUUAAAUCAUGUCACAUAUGCAGAACACAAGAUACCUCUAAGCCACCCCCGGCCCCGCUCCAAUCCCCCACCCUGGCGAAUAAACCAUUUCAAAAAAUAGCCAUCGACUUAAUUGGUCCCCUACCCACUCCUUCAAAGCGUGGCCAUCGUUUUAUUUUAACCAUCGUUGACCUAGCCACGAGAUGGCCUGAAGCCUUUCCAUUGAAGUCAACGACAUCCCAAGAUAUAGUAAAUGUAUUAUUAAACCUGUUUUCAAGAAUUGGCUUCCCCGAAACAGUAAUUUCCGACAGAGGACCCCAAUUUACAUCGGACCUUACAAGACAAUUUACCGAUGUAUUGGGCAUCAACCAAGUCUUUACUACACCUUACCACCCACAGAGUAAUGGUAUAUGUGAAAGACUAAACGGUACCAUUAAAACACUACUCGCUAAAAUUACCACAAACGACCCUGACAACUGGGAUAAAAUGCUACCAUGUGUAUUAUUUGCAUAUAGAGAGAUCCCACAAUCAACCACGGGGUUCUCACCAUUCGAACUGGUAUAUGGAGCAAAGCCUAGAGGACCAAUGGACAUACUGAAACAGCUUUUGUACAGGCAGGACAUAAAUAACAAUAUACGAACCGCAUAUGAAACUGUGGUUAAUACUAGAGACAAUAUAAUAAAGGCUUGUCAAGAAGCUAAACCACCCACAGAAGAGAUCCCACAAUCAACCGCGGGGUUCUCACCAUUCGAACUGGUAUAUGGAGCAAAGCCUAGAGGACCAAUGGACAUACUGAAACAGCUUUUGUACAGGCAGGACAUAAAUAACAAUAUACGAACCGCAUAUGAAACUGUGGUUAAUACUAGAGACAAUAUAAUAAAGGCUUGUCAAGAAGCUAAACUAACACUUCAAGAGAAAGGGGAUAUUGCUAGACAUCGAAUCAACCUACACAGAAAGCUAAGACAGUUCCGCAUAGGUGAACAAGUUAGAGUGCUGUUACCAUCUAAACAAAACAAGCUACAACUGGCAUGGCAGAGACCGUUCCCUAUCACUCGCAAAACAACAGAUGUUGACUACGAGAUAGAAAUGAAAGGGAAAAAGAAAAUUUUCCAUGUCAAUAUUUUAAGUCCAUAUACUAUCAGAACUUGA